AUUUUCAAGAGAAAAUACAUAGGUAAUAUAUGUAUCAAAGAGAUAGAAUGGAGAAAUUGUCGUUCAUUUUACUAUUUUUCGGAUUAAUCGACAUUCAGCUACUAACUGCAAACGCUGCUGUAGACCAACAUGUUCUGUAUCAGUGGAAUUCCUUCAAGAUCCGGUUCAACAAAACAUACCAAUCGACCAAUCAUGAGCAACAACGAAUGGAAAUUUACUUGAAUAAUAUUGAGGAAAUCACCAAACAUAACGAACUAUUUGAAAAAGGCGAAGUGAUGUACAAAAAAGGGGUGAAUCAGUUUACUGAUUUGACUUCUCAAGAAUUCUCAGACAGAUACUUAUCUAAAUUGAAUUCCUUUCAAAAUACACGUUCAUAUCCGAUGGCAACUUGUCCUAUUGGUAAAGGAACUCCCCCGGAUCAUAAAGACUGGGUACAUGAAGGAGCUGUGACCAGAGUGAAAAAUCAAGGCGCAUGUGGUUGUUGUUGGGCUUUCAGCGCUGCUGCGCUCUUGGAAAGCCAUUUGUACAUAAAAAAUAAAAAACUAGAAGAUCUCAGCCCUCAAAAUCUCGUAGACUGCGUAUUGGGCCCAUUAUCUAAAGGUUGUUGUGGCGGUUUGGUGGAAGAAUCAAUGGAUUACGUGAUGAAGGGUGGUAUAGCGACUGAAAAAUCAUAUCCAUACGAAGCCAGGAGAAGAGCAUGCAGAUACGUACAAACCGAGAAUGAUUAUUCUCGUAAAAUAAUUAAUUAUACGCAAAUUCCCGAAAACAAUGGAGAAUGUCUGAAAGAAGUAGUUGGUCUGAUCGGACCGGUUUCUUGUUAUAUGGACGCCGUUGAUUUUCAACAUUAUGAAUCUGGAAUUCUUCACCGUACCAAAUGCAGUAACAAGGCAUCUGACAUUAGCCAUGCUCUCGUGAUAGUGGGUUAUGGAACAACACGGGUAAACAAAACAGAUUAUUGGCUGGUGAAAAAUUCUUUUGGUGAAACUUGGGGAGAGCAAGGCUACGUCAAAGUACUUCGUAAUAAGAACGAAUGUGCUGUUGAAAGUUGGAAUUUUUAUCCAAUACUUUGAAGCUAUUCGUGUACUUACCUAUACUUGAGGUAUAUUUCAAAGAAACAAUACAUUUCCUAUGUCAUAAAAAUAUUAUAGACCUUGUGUUCAAUAAGAUGUAGCUCGUGUUUAUAAAUAAUUCU